AUGACGGACGCCGUUAUGGAUGUUGACAAUCCUGGGGCGGCGAUUCAGCAGCUCCAGAAUGGCGAGAUUGAUGAAUCACUCUACAGCAGACAACUCUACGUUCUGGGUCACGAGGCUAUGAAACGCAUGGGUGCUUCAAAUGUGCUCAUCGUUGGUCUCAAGGGUCUUGGUGUCGAAGUGGCAAAGAACAUCGCUCUUGCUGGCGUCAAGUCCCUCACUCUCUACGAUCCUACUCCGGCCGCGAUCUCAGACCUCUCUUCACAAUUCUUCCUCCACCCUGAAGAUGUUGGCAAGCCGCGAGACAAAGUGACGGCUCCGAGAGUCGCCGAGCUCAACAACUACACACCCGUCUCUAUCCUGGAGACUGACUCGAUCACGAAGAACCUCAGCCAGCUUGACAAGUUUCAGGUGGUAGUCCUCACUGCUACGACAUUGAAAGAUCAGCUCUUCAUCUCGGAGUACUGUCACGACAAGGGCAUCUUCCUCGUCAUUGCGGAUACUUUUGGCCUUUUCGGCUACAUCUUCACGGACUUUGGGAAGAAUUUCGCAGUUGGUGAUGUGACGGGCGAGAAUCCCAUCAGCGGCAUCGUUGCAGAUAUUAAUGAAUCUGGCCUAGUUUCUGCGCUAGACGAAACGAGACACGGUCUUGAGGAUGGCGACUAUGUCGAAUUCGCUGAGAUCAAAGGCAUGGAUGGCCUCAACGGCGCUGCACCGCGCAAGAUUACUGUCAAGGGCCCUUACUCCUUCUCCAUUGGCGACGUGUCCGGCCUGGGUACGUAUCAGGGCGGUGGGCUGUUCUCUCAAGUCAAGAUGCCCAAAGUUCUUAACUUCGAAUCAUUCUCCUCCCAGCUCAAGAAGCCCGAAUUCUUGAUUUCAGAUUUUGCCAAAUUCGACCGGCCUGCACAACUACAUGUUGGCAUCCAGGCUCUCCAUAACUUCGCCGCCGAGCACGACGGCCAAUUCCCUCGCCCCCACAAUGACAGCGAUGCGAAUGAGGUCUUCGCGUUUUCUCAGAAGCUUGCCGAGGAGACCAAGGUUGAGCUUGAUGAAAAGCUAAUCAAGGAACUCAGCUAUCAAGCCCAGGGUGAUCUGAGCCCAAUGGCUGCUUUCUUUGGCGGUCUUACGGCCCAAGAAGUGCUCAAGUCCGUCUCGGGAAAGUUCAAUCCUAUUCAACAGUGGCUAUACCUUGAUUCUUUGGAAUCCCUGCCUGCAUCGGUAAAGCGAUCGGAGGAGCUCUGUAAGCCCGCUGGCACUCGAUAUGACGGCCAGGUUGCAGUGUUUGGCAAGGAAUACCAGGAGAAGAUCUCAAACGUCAAGAACUUCCUGGUCGGUGCAGGUGCGAUUGGGUGUGAGAUGCUGAAAAACUAUGCUAUGAUCGGCCUCGGCGCUGGCCCCGAUGGGUCAAUCAUCGUCACCGAUAACGACUCGAUUGAGAAGAGCAAUCUGAACCGUCAAUUCCUUUUCAGACCUAAGGACGUUGGCAAGAACAAGAGCGAAUGUGCGGCAGCUGCAGUCCAGGCCAUGAAUCCCGACCUGAAGGGCAAGAUCACGACCUUGACGGAUCGCGUUGGUCCUGAUUCGGAGGAUAUCUUCAACGAGGGCUUUUGGAACGGUCUCGACAUCGUCACCAAUGCGUUGGACAAUGUUGAGGCUCGUACAUACGUUGACCGCAAGUGUGUCUUCCACCUGAAGCCGUUACUUGAGAGCGGUACUCUCGGCACCAAAGGCAACACUCAAGUUGUUCUUCCUCGCCUUACUGAGUCAUACUCCAGUUCUCAGGACCCUCCUGAGCAGUCCUUCCCCAUGUGUACCCUUCGAAGCUUCCCCAACAAGAUUGAGCACACUAUUGCAUGGGCUCGCGAUCUUUUCCAGUCAUUCUUCGUUGGUCCCCCCGAGACUGUCAAUUUGUACCUCUCCCAACCCGACUACAUCAAUACGACACUUAGGCAGCAGGGCAAUGAGAAGCAGAUCCUGGACAGCUUGAAGGACUUCCUGGUCGACGAGAAGCCCGAGACCUUCGAGGACUGCAUUGCGUGGGCUCGCAACCAGUUCCAAAAGCAAUACCACAAUGCCAUUGCUCAACUUCUGUACAACUUCCCCAAGGAUUCCAAGACCUCUACCGGUGCCCAGUUCUGGUCUGGUCCCAAGCGCGCACCAACUCCACUCAACUUUGACACCUCUGACGAAACACAUAUGGCUUUCGUUAUCGCUGGUGCGAACCUUCGCGCUUACAAUUACGGGAUCAAGGUGCCGAAGUUGACUUCCGAGGACUAUGCGAAGGUGAUCGGCAGCAUGAUCAUCCCUGAAUUCAGACCCGACGCCAACGUCAAGAUUCAGGCCGACGACAAGGAGCCCGAUCCCAAUGGACCUGCUCCUACCUUUGCUGACGAUGCUGAGGAGCUAAACAAAAUCAUUGAAGCGCUACCUAGUCCCAAAUCUCUUCCUACAUUCCGCCUGAAUGUCGUUGAGUUUGAGAAGGAUGACGACACCAACCACCACAUUGACUUCAUCACUGCUGCCAGCAACCUGCGAGCACUCAACUACGAGAUUGCGGUCGCGGAUCGGCACAAGACCAAGUUUAUUGCCGGUAAGAUCAUCCCAGCCAUCGCCACCACUACUGCGCUGGUGACUGGCUUGGUCAUUCUCGAGCUUUACAAAGUCAUUGAUGGCAAGGAUGAUCUCGAGCAAUACAAGAACGGCUUCAUCAAUUUAGCGUUGCCUUUCUUCGGCUUCAGCGAGCCUAUUGCGAGCCCCAAGGGCACCUACCAGGGCAAGAAUGGCGAGGUGACCAUCGACAAGCUUUGGGAUCGUUUUGAGGUGGACGACAUCACUCUGACCGAGUUCAUCAAGUGGUUCGAAGACAAGGGUUUGACCAUAUCGAUGGUCAGCUCUGGUGUUAGCUUACUCUACGCUAGCUUCUACGCACCGAGCAAGUUGAAGGAUCGGAUGCCUCUGAAGAUGAGCAAAUUGCUUGAGACCAUCAGCCGUAAGCCCAUCCCAGAGCACCAGAAGAACAUCAUCUUUGAGGUUACGGCGGAAGAUACCACGGAGGAAGACGUCGAGAUUCCGUACGUGAUGGUCAAGUACAAGAAGUGA